UGUUUUCUUCCGGUAUUGGUGCAUUACGUCACCGUGUAAAAUGUGAUGCCAUGUGGUUUCUGGUAACUAUUUCUUCUAAACUGUUUUGUUUUUAAAGUUUAGUAAAUUACUGACACACUCUCGGAAAUGAGUUCUCAGAAAGGCGCUGCGUCUCGAACCCGAGGCCAAAAAUACCAAAACACGACGGUUUUUAAGAAUGAUAAAUACGGCGCGAGCCCUCAAGUGAAGAAAGCCAACGCGAAGGUGCAUGACGGUGUGUGUCAGCGCUGUAAGGACAUCCUGGAGUGGAAGGUCAAAUACAGCAAAUACAAAUCUCUCACGCAACCUCGCAAAUGUGUUAAGUGCCUGCAGAAGACAGUGAAGGACGCGUAUCACAUCAUGUGCAGGACGUGCGCACUCCAGCUGCAGCUGUGCGCUAAAUGUGGGAAGAGCGAAGAGGUGGUCAUUCCGCUGGACAAAAAGGAAGAAGAGGAAGUGGAGGAAGAAGAGCCGAAAGGAAACAGGAGGAGAAAAAAGCGAGGCGCCAAUCAAACAGACGAGGAGGAUGAAUUCGAUGAUUUGGAUGAUUACGGUGAAAUGGACAGCGACUGCGAUUCUGAGGAGACGGAAAAAUAAGGAGACGUCGUGUCCGAUAGUAACGAACCUCAGUGUCACUAGCUGAACGUGCAGAACGUUAUAGCAGAGUUGAAAGACUUCUUACUGGUUUAGAAACGUCGCUAAUUGGGGGAAAUAUCCGGAAGGUAGAAGAGCAAGUCUGUUUAAAACUCAACUGUGCAGAAUGGAUUUUAAGAAACUGUUAUGUCUGCUAAGCAUAAGUGAAGUAUUACACAUAUGUUAUUUUGGAAGACAGUGUAACUAAAUCCACACACAGCCGAGCAAGUCAGAGUUAAAGGGUUUUACUCAGAGCCGUAUCACUGACUGACUCACAACCUUCCACUGGCAUCACUAGCGCAGAGCCACUUCCAGUAAUUAUUCCAAACUGUUUUUUAAAAGACAUUUUCAUUUUCCUAAAAUUACAACUACUUUUCAACUCUGCACUGAAUCACAUGACAGAUCUUACAGGGAAAAGACUUUCAUCAUUUUCAUACAGAUUUUCUUGUAUUUAGUUCUGUAAUUUGUUACAGUAUUAAAAAUAUUGUGUCGCGUCUGA